AUGGCGGACGAAGGACAACAAAAUGAACUGAUAACACAAUUUACUGCUGUGACGGGAGCAGACUCUGGAACAAGUAGAUUUUAUCUCGAGCAAGUAGAAUGGGAUCUUCAGUUUGCUUUGAGUAAUUUCUUUGAUGAUGGUCCGGGUGAUGGGAUGCAGGAGGCGGAUGUGCAGCCAUCCGUUCAACCUGAGCCACCUGUCAGUCAGCAUGGUGGGAUUACUAGAGAUAGUAGCAACCAGAGGUUUGGUACCAUCGCUGGUUUAAAUGUGGCAGCUCAGGAGAGUGAGGAAAGUGAUGAAGAGGGGCAAGCUUUUUAUGCUGGUGGCUCUGAGACUAGUGGACAACAGAUUGUUGGUCCCCCCAGAAAAAAGAAAGAAAAAUCCAAUAAAGAAAUGACUCAGAGUCUUUUUGAUGCAGCAAAAAGACAUGGAGCAGAAGUGGUUGAUAAGUCACAAGAGUCAAGCAGUAAACAGAAAGCGCCAGCAUUUCGUGGUUCGGGCUUCCGUCUUGGUGAUACUGAAGGUGCUUCAGAUCCAAUAGGAGCAAAUCCUAGCGACACAGGUCCUCCUGAACCGUUGGAAGUAAACUUAAAUUUCUGGUCAAAUGGAUUUUCUGUUGGCGAUGGUCCACUCAGGGAUAUGAAUGAUCCAGAGAAUGCCCAGUUCCUCGACUCUGUUGGCCGAGGAGAAAUACCCCGAGAACUACAUCACCUCAAUCGUGGUGGGGAAGUUCACGUAAACAUGGUGGACAAGAGAAAUGAAGAAUAUGUUAAGCCGAAAGAAACUAUGAAAGCUUUCACUGGCGCAGGCCAUAUGCUUGGCAGUCCUACCCCGAAGGUAGUAACUUCCCGUGUGGCACCGCAACAAUCAUCUGACUCAAGUCAAACUCCAAUGAUUGAUGAUUCUCAACCUGUGACGAAUUUACAGAUACGGUUGGCCGAUGGCACAAGGUUGGUAGCGAAGUUUAAUCACUCAAACACAAUCAGCGAUAUCAGAAACUUUGUAAAUGCAUCCAGGCCUCACGCGGCCGGCCGUGAUUACGUCCUCAUGACGACAUUCCCAAAUAAGGAACUAACAGAUGAAACGCUAACUCUAGCCGAAGCUAAAUUGCUAAAUGCUGUGGUUGUACAGAAAUACAAGUAGUGAAUAUCUAUUGAUAAUUAAGAACUUUUAACUUCAUUAUUAAUUAUAUAAUAAGUUCUAACGUGGUUUAUUUAACAAUUUCCGUGUGUUUAUUCACGUUUGAACGAAUAGUCACUUCUCGAUGUUCUUGUGUCUCAGCAAUGCACUGAAAAUAUUCAACAGAACAUGUAAAGUGACGUGAGCGUGGUCAAAAGUGAAUAAACUUUAAAAAUACACUCUGUGUUUCGUGUCCGGCAUAUUGCUCCGGGUAGCUUAAUAUUGACAAUAUAAGAGAGAUCUAUUUCAAGAAUAUUGAUCCCGUAUUGGAACCGUUUAUCCAACAUGUUAACUAUGAUAAAUAAUGUCCAAAGUACGAAUGCACUUUUAGUGCUACUUUAACGAAGUAAUCUAACUUAUCUUUUUAUGUGUUUAAUUCUCUGUGCUGUGUUACAACAGAAACCAGCCAGCCCCUUGCGUGUUUUAUAAAGCACAUAAGCCCCUUUUACACUACACUCAAUUUAUCGACACGGCACGGCACGACUAAAAUGGGUACCCGUGCCCAA